AUGGAGACUUUGUCAAGGCGAGAGGAGGAGGUGCUGCGCAAGUCACUCAAGUCAGAUGCUCUCAAAACCUGCGACCCCGUCGUCAGAGACUUUGCACAAUGUACAGAAGGCAGAACAGUGUCGAUCGUGUGGACUUGCCGCAAGCCAUUGAGAGCGAUGCAAGAUUGCUUGAGGAUACACAUGUCUCAAGAUGUCGUCGAUCAGGCCAAAGUGGACUUUCUCGCUCGUCGCAAAGCCAGUGCUCAAGGUGCUCAGCCCGUCAUCAGUCAAGCACAGAUGCCAUCAGCAUAG